GUCAAUUUCAAUUUCAAGAAACAACAACAACAACAAAUCAAUUUCAAUCCAUCAUCAGUCAAAUUAUACAUACUUGAUUGGUUAAUGAAAAUUUAAUUUAACUUGCUAAUCAAACUUAUACUCAAGCUCAACUCUUUCUCUUAACAUCAAAGCUAAUCAUCAUUUAUCAACUACAAUCAUAAUCAAUUCCAUCUUCUCUUUUUCUUUAUCAUCAUCAUCAUCAUAUCUUAAUCCUCUCUUUCUUUUAGAUCUCAUUAAUCAUUUCUUUCAUUUUUUUAUAUCAUUUCAAAUUCACAUUCAAAUUCAAUCAACAGAUGAAAUGGGUGCAUUUUGUUGUAAACCGGAGGAAAUCGAUUUUGAUGGUCCGGUAGAUCUUUGGCAUUUUUACCUUCUAAGGUCGGUUGGAAAAGGUGCAUUUGGAAAAGUUCGAGUCGUUCAACAUAAACAAACCAAAGCAUUAUACGCCUUAAAAUAUAUAAACAAACAACGAAUCGUUUCACAACGAGCGGUUUCUAAUAUCAUUCAAGAACGUAGAUUGUUAGAAGAGAUCGAUUCACCGUUUGUUUGUAAUCUACGUUAUGCAUUUCAAGAUGAUGAGAAUCUGUUUAUGGUCCUGGAUCUUAUGUUAGGUGGUGAUUUAAGAUUUCAUUUGGAUCGUGCUGGUUUUUUGAAAGAAGAGGUGGUGAAGUUUUAUGUUUGUGAAAUGGCUUUGGCUCUUGAUUAUUUACAUUCAAAGGGGAUCGUACAUCGUGAUCUUAAACCCGAUAACAUUCUUCUUGACGAACGGGGUCAUGCACAUCUAACUGAUUUCAAUAUCGCUGUCCAUUUCUCUGAACGACGUCCACUGACCUCAGUAGCCGGUUCAAUGGCAUACAUGGCACCUGAAAUCUUAGCUAAACGUGGUUAUACCUCUACCAUAGAUUGGUGGUCACUUGGAGUGGUGACCUUUGAACUUUUGUUUGGUAAACGACCUUUCAGAGGUAAAACCAAUUCGACUCUGACGACGGCGAUUUCAAGAGAAGAACCUAGAUUUCCAGAAAGUUUGCCUCAAGUGAUUGGACCUGAAGCUUUGAAUUUCUUGGAAAAGAUCUUGGUUCGAGAUAUUUAUAAACGAUUAGGAUGUAAGAGUAAUGGAGGUAUGGAAAAGUUUAAAUCACAUGAUUGGUUUAGAGGAUUAGAUUGGGAUGCGAUCAAUUCACUUCAAGUGACUCCACCUUUUGAACCUGAUCCUAAAAAAGCAAACUUUGAUGCAACACAUGAACUUGAAGAACUUUUAUUAGAAGAUAAUCCAUUGAAAGCGAAAAAACGAAAUCCGAAUUUGAAUAUUGAUAAUCUAGCAGCUGAUUUUAGAGUGAUGGAAGAAAACUUUUUGGUUUAUGAUCAUAGUAAGAUGUCAAGAAAAUCAUGGUUUGUAGAUCCAUAUCAAUCGGCUAAACCUUCACCUAAUCCUAAUUUGAUUGGAACACCUGAAGGGAAGAUCUUGAUGGCAGAACAACCUUUGGCAGAAGUGAAGACGGUGGAUUUGAGUGUUGAGGGUCUUUCGAGAUGUAAUACUCCUAGGGUUGAAGCUUGGAGACUUCAACAUCAUCAUCAAGCACCGAUUGAAUCGGAUUCACUUCAACCUAAUCUUUCGGAACCUAUGAUCUCUUCAAAUUGAAAACUUGUUGAACUGUUCUUGUGAUGUGUGUGUGUGUGUGUUGGGUUACCAAAUCUUUAAUUAUUCUUUCACUCUUUUUUUUCUUUUCUUUUUCUUUUGGUAUGAUGAGUUGUUGAAUCUAUUUUGGAUUUGUUUUUGUCUCUCACUUUUUUUUUGAUUCUGUGUGAUUUUGUGUAAGUUUGUGUGUGUGGGUGUGUGGAUGUUAUGGGGUUUUUGUGAUCUUUUUAUUUUUUCUUACUUUACAAGAAAAAUCAAACGGUUUUAAGAUUAAUUCAAAUAUUUUGGAAUUUUUCUUCACUUUCAUUUUUUGUUUUCUUACCUGAACUUUUUUUUUCAAUUUUUCUUCAAUUUUUAUGGUGUGUAUGAAUAUAUAUUUAUAUAUAUGUUUCAUUGAUUGUGUAAAUAAGUGUUUUUCAUUUGGACUUGUUUUUUUUUGUUUGGUUUUGUUUGGUUAAGAUUAAGUUGAUUUUUUUUUCUUGGAAUUCUUACUUUUUCUUUUUCCUUUUUCUUUUUUUUCUAUUUAAUCUUUUUUUUCUCCUUUUUCUUUUUUUUUGAUGCAUUGUUCUUUUGUUUUUUUUUUCCAAAAAGAAAAAGGGAAAGUUUGAAAAUUUAUAUG